AUGGGAGCUUGUAUAGGUAAAAAGCGUUCAAAAUAUUUAAAACAUAAUCAGAUUAAAUCAGAUACUAUUCAAGCGCCACAACCAAAACUUCAAGAUGGUGAUUCAUCAAGUAAACCUUCCCCAUCAUUAUCAAAGAAAUUACAGAUGGUAGAAGAUCUUAGCAAUAAUAAUAAUAAUGAUGAUGAAAAUCGAAUAUCAAUUCUUGAUCAAAAUAGUAUUGAUCCAGAAGUUCAAAUGAUUAUUGAGGGACAAAAUUUAAUUAAUGAAAUAUUUAAUCAAGCUUUUUCAAAUCGUGUUGUUUCAAUAACAGAUUCCGUGCUUGAAUGUGAAUUAGUGAAUCUCAUCUAUGGAUAUCCAGCUAUUGAUUAUACUGAAAAUCCAUCAAUUACUACGACUAUAAAGCCUGUUGAUGUAUGA